AGGUGGAGCCCACCACAUGGCGGGUGAGCCUGUUAUCUCUCUUCCAAACUGCGUAUAAAUCGACGGCCCAAAUCCAGAGCUUGCCAUCUACACCCUCAGCCGUCGAUGCUUUCGCCACAGAUCCUUCUCCGACAAGUAUCACUGUGCAGGGCGGUUUCAGCAGCAGUACGCAUUUUUCAUUCGGCGGUAAAUUGAGCCCCAAUUUGAGCAAGGAGGCCGGGAACGAUAAUACCGCCUUGGCGGAAAGUUUUCCCUCCUUGAAGGCCAGCGAAAGGAAUUUUUACAGGCCUUUUGUUCACAACGCUCUUCUCCCAUACCCUGGGAGUGAGCUUACCAAACCCUUGGAGCUGCUGUUGGAGAGCGCUUUUGAUGCAGUAAUGGAACGCGGGGAUCCGAAGAUUGUGGUGGGAGGGGAAAGGAAAGGACACAAGCGAAAACUGGCAGAGACAUGUGCGGGACAGGAGAAGGAGAAGGAGAAUGAGGAGGAUGGCCCCUUCAGCCUCCUCCCGCAGGAUGUACAAACUCAGGUCGGAAGGCUCAAUUCCAGUUUUUCAUGGCGGGAGGCUGAUCGCUUCACCGCCAGACGCGCUGCUCAUUCAAUUGCAGAAUUCGCUAAACACGAAGAGCAUGUGGACCUUAUAGUGGGAGAAGGUGCUAUCCCAGCAUUAGUUCAACACCUUCAAGCACCUCCAGUUGGUGAGGGGGAGGGGCCUAUUGCAUGUGAACAUGAAGUCGAAAAGGAGGCUGCAUUUGCAUUGGGACUUCUUGCAGUGAAGCCAGAGCAUCAACGACUCAUUGCAGAUGCAGGUGCUCUUUCCGGUCUUGUUUCUUUACUAAAAAGGCAUGGGAAUGGCUCCAAUAGUCGUAUUUUGAAUGGUGUCCUUCGCAGAGCUGCUGAUGCUAUCACAAAUCUGGCACAUGAAAAUGGUGCUAUCAAAACUCUUGUCAGAACGGAAGAAGGAAUUCCUCCGCUUGUUGACUUGCUUGAGUCAACUGACACCAAGGUGCAGCGAGCAGCAGCAGGUGCUUUGCGAACUUUGGCAUUUAAAAAUGAACCAAACAAGAACCAGAUUGUAGAAUGCAAUGCACUUCCAACUCUUAUUCUCAUGCUGCGUUCUGAAGAUGUCGGCAUCCACUAUGAAGCGGUUGGUGUGAUUGGGAAUUUGGUGCACUCAUCUAUUAACAUAAAGAAGGAGGUUCUUCUUGCUGGAGCUUUGCAACCUGUAAUUGGUCUCUUGAGCUCUAGGUGUCAUGAAAGCCAAAGGGAAGCUGCAUUAUUGCUGGGGCAAUUUGCUACAACAGAUCCUGAAUGCAAGGUGCACAUUGUCCAAAGAGGGGCUGUUCGACCUCUUUCAAAUAUGCUUCAGAUGCCUGAUCCCCAACUGAAGGAGAUGGCGGCUUUCGCCUUGGGCAGAUUAGCACAGAAUUCACACAACCAAGCUGGCAUUGUUCAUGAUGGGGGAUUAACUCCAUUGCUGGAGCUGCUUGAUUCUAAAAAUGGAUCUCUUCAACACAAUGCUGCUUUUGCUCUGUAUGGGCUGGCAGAUAAUGAGGACAAUGUUUCUGAUAUUGUGAAGGAGGGAGGAGUACAAAAGUUGCAAGAUGUAGAAUUGAUUGUUCAGGCUUCAAAGGAUUGUGUGGCAAAGACCUUGAAAAGGCUUGAGGAGAAACUUCAUGGAAGAGUAUUGAAGCACUUACUCUAUCUGAUGCGUGUAUCUGAAAAAAAUGUUCAAAGACGUGUUGCCUUGGCCCUUGCUCAUCUGUGUUCUCCUGAUGAUCAGAGGAUGAUUUUUGUUGAUAACAAUGGUUUGGAAGUACUUCUAGGUCUUUUUUCUCCGAGUGCAAACUCAAAACAGCAGCAUGAUGGUGCCGUUGCAUUGCAUUCUCUGGCAAAGAGGGCUGCUGCACAAUCUCCAAUAGAUGCCGCUCUUCCACCUCCAACACCUCAGGUAUACUUGGGGGAGAAAUAUGUAAACAGUAACACAUUGUCGGAUGUUACCUUUCUAGUGGAGGGUAGGCGGUUCUAUGCUCACAGGAUUGCAUUACUGGCAUCAUCAGAUACAUUCCGUGCAAUGUUUGAUGGAGGCUACAGGGAGAAAGAGGCGAAGGACAUUGAAAUUCCAAAUAUAAGCUGGGGAGUUUUUGAACUAAUGAUGAGAUUUAUUUACACAGGCACGGUCGAUGUUACAGCAGAUAUAGCACAGGAUCUUCUCAGGGCUGCUGAUCAGUAUCUUUUAGAAGGACUUAAACUUUUAUGUGAAUGUGCAAUUGCACAGGACCUCAAUGUGGAAAAUUUUGCGAAUGUGUAUGACCUUGCUGAGGCCUACCAUGCAACUUCAUUAAGACAUACCUGCGUUUUGUUUUUUCUUGAGCAACAUGAACAUAUGUCUACAAUGCUUGGCUAUCCCUCUCUUGUAGAACGCAUACUUCCAGAUAUACGUGACUACUUAAUUAGAAUAUUACGGCCACAGCUUCAAGUUCCUUCACAGUAGAAUUACUUAAUGAUUAUUUUCAGUGACCGAGGGCUCGGGCAUCUCACCAAAUGAAUUGCUUCAAAGGACUUUCUGAGUCUGACCAAGAUUGCAUACAGUUGCAUGAAAUUUAUUCAAAGGGAUGAGCUUUCAGUUGGUCUUUUGAUGAUCUCUCAAUAGAGCUUUGCUUUUUGGCCCAUGAUUCUAAUUUUUUUUUUGACAAGACUCAAAUUUUCUUAUCUCUUUGUAUUCAAUAUUGAAGAUCAAUUCAAAGGGUGGAAAAUUGAGGGCUAAUCAUGCAUUAAGUGAUGUAAAUCUUCCGCUUGACCAAAGAAGAUCAGAGUUACCUUUCUGAGUACCAUCUUUUAGGCAACAGAGAUUUUCUGUAUGUGUCCUGGAAUUUGAACUUGUGCUUGUAGUGAACUAUCAAUCAGUGCAAGGAAUUUGGUACAUGCCAGAGCCAGGGAUGCUCUGAUUGGUUUUAGAUAAUGAUACUAUAUGCAGUUUUUACUGGACCUGUAGCAUAUGUAAUUGAAGAACUUAUAAAACCAAGUUUUAUGAGAUUGGCUCAAGGAUGGCACCAUAAUUUUGAGUUUA